CGAGGGGUCUCGCUCGGUCCGCCUUCUGUUGACGGCGCUGAGGUGCGGGGAGGAGACGCUUACACAAGCCAGCGCUGCUGCUGCUGUGUUAUGAAACUGAGACACAGCUGUCACGUGUCAUCUGGUGAAGGGACACUGAGUUCCUGUCAGUGCAGCUGAUGAGACCACCAUUAUCUAUGGAAGCCCUCUGAAAGGUCCUCUGUUUGGAAGCUCACCAAUUUUCCGUCAUGCAGUUGGAAGCCCAGCUGCGCCUGUGCCAGAGUUGUUUGUGGUGCUACAGGAGUGGACUACGUUUAUUCUCUCAGAGCUCAGCACUCAGAGCAUCUGUCAACUACUAUGAACUCCUGGGCGUCAAACCUACUGCCACCUUGGAGGAAAUAAAAAAUGCAUUUUUUGACAAAUCAAAAAAGGUGCACCCAGACAGUGACCCAUCCAACCCGGCGCUGCACAGCCAGUUUGUGGAGCUGAACGAGGCUUACCGAGUUUUAAGCAAAGAGCUGAGCCGGAAGGAGUAUGACCUCAAAUUCAGACAGCCCUACAGUGGGGGACAGGCAUUCAGUUCUACCUCCAGCUACACCAGCUAUGGAGCCAGUGCCGAGCCCCAGGAGAACGAGCGCUACUGGGAGCAGUUCCGCCACUCGCAGGCACAGCAGAUGACGGCAGAUGCGUGGCAGAAGAGGAGGACAAGGAAUUUCAAACUGGUUGGCUACUGUGUCAUCGCCAUGCUGCUCAGCAUUGGAGCCCACGUUGUCUUCUUCAGGAAACUGGAAGAAGUUCACAAUAACUUCAUGGAUGAGAAAGACAGAGUCAUCACAGAAAUCUACAACCAAUCCAAAGAGAGGGCCAGAGUCAACGGUUUUAAGAAGCAGACAGAAAUCCUACGUCAGAAACACGCCGAGUUCCUGGAGAAAUAUAAAAUCCGCCAGGGGGGAGAGGACAAGUAGGAGUUUCUGCUCAUGUCGGCACCACUGGGACAGUUGAGUUCAGUUGAAUAAAGGAGUUUUUAUCACCAACAAGUGGGGAGAGGCAGACUAAAUGCAGUAGUAGUUUUAGAAAUGUUUUCUGAACCAAGGGUUUGUUGAUGUACCUACAUUUGUCUGGAAUCCUCACACGGAUGCUGCGGACAUGAAGACACACAUGAAAUGGUUGUAAUGUGGGAAGCAGACUGAACUGGCCUUAACUGUAAUGAACCACAUCUGUCAAGGACAAUAUAAACAAGAGUAAUGUGGAGAAAUGGUAGCGUUUUUGAAGUGAUGGAGCAGCAGGAAGGAUCCAACAGUGCACACAAACCUCUCCACUCCACUGUAACACUGUUAAACAGCCACUAAUGAAGUUACAGGAACAUGUUAUUUUCCUCACCCUUGGUGCUGUGUUUCAAAUCAUACAGCAUGCGGGGCUUCCAGAUAACUGUGAAUCAUUGCCUCUGGAAACAGGCCAAACAACACUUGAUAAACCAACACAGCUUAUGUGUUAAAAGCAACACAGUCUGGUGAUUAGUCCAACAGCUGUGACAACUGAGUAAUACCCCAUGUGACACAUAGAGGGCGCUGUAUCAGGCUGCUUCUGAUGGAGUGAGCAGGGUGCAGCGCUGUAGCAACAGCCAGGACAUUACAUCACGUAUGAAGUGAACAUUCACACCAUCAGUGUUUUUUUUUUCCAUGCCUGGUGAUUGAAACAUGCUGAGCCUUUUUAAGCUCUCCCUGCUCCUGCAUCUUUGGACAUCACUGUCUAAUCUUGAUUUUUUUUUUUUUUUUUUUUUUUUUUUUUUUUUUACAGUAGAAAUACUCCGAUAUAUUCACGAGAUCCAUGUCAAAAAUAAGAACUGUAUACAUCACAUGGGCUUCCCUCAUUUUCCUGGACAUUGUAUCUGUAAAUGAUCUCAAGUCUGACUUUUAAAGGUCAACAGUAAUUUAUUUGAGUCAAACCAAUGUAAUAAUUGAGAUUAUUCAAGUGUGGAAAUGAAUGCAAAGAUACAUGUCAGACAGGUUGACUGCUGCUCACUAUGCUGGUUAUUUCAGCAUUUAAAGCCAACAUUUAUCAUAAUGCCUUUUCAAUAUUUAAAUAUAAGAGAUUGUUGUGUUUUACAGUGUUUUUCUCUUGUUGUUUGUUUUGGAUAGCCUUAACCGCACUAUUCCCUGGAGGGAUGUUGGUGGCAAACUAUUAAAUGCUAAACAUUUGCUCAUCAGA